AUGGCCCCGUUUUCCAAGGGUUUCCCGCUGCCGCGCAGCAGCAAAAUGCGCUCCUUAUACUCCAUUGGCGAAACCCUAGGGCCCCCAAACCCUCGCCGCAGGCCCAAACCCUCGCUGCUGGACCCUCCUGCUGCUGCUGUUCCGCUGAAAAAGGGUUUGCCGCAGCUCAACCAGCAGUUCGACACCCUCAACACAAUCGUGACAGGGUUUCGAAAGUACCAACCUCCCCCCCAAAAGCUGCCGCCCCCCCGCCGCGACUUUUCUCCGAAUUCUUUCGGAGAGGUUUUUGGCCGCUUCCGCUUCCAAGUCCUCGGCCACUUUCCCC